CAUGCCAUUAAUUGGCGACAUAUAGAUUAUUUGUAUUUAACAAUUAAGAAGUUGUAGACACGUAAUAAUGAAUCCGAAAACAAUAUAUCACUGGUACAUACAUUCCUAUUUGGCCGAUUGAUUUACACAACCGAUUAGUGAAGUCUUACAAGAGUGUCUUACAAGAUGCCCGAACAAAGCAAUGAUUAUCGAGUGGUUGUCUUCGGGGCCGGAGGAGUGGGCAAAAGUUCAUUAGUUUUAAGGUUUGUCAAAGGAACUUUCCGGGAGAGCUACAUACCGACGAUCGAAGACACCUACAGACAGGUCAUUAGCUGUAAUAAGAAUAUAUGUACACUUCAAAUAACUGAUACAACCGGAUCUCAUCAAUUUCCUGCCAUGCAGAGACUUUCGAUUAGCAAAGGCCAUGCGUUUAUUUUGGUUUAUGCAGUUAGUUCAAGACAAAGUUUGGAGGAGUUAAGACCAAUAUGGGCUGUCAUUCGAGAUCUAAAGGGUGCGAGUGUGUCGGCUAUACCAGUAAUGUUAGUUGGAAACAAGUGUGAUGAAAGUGCUGAACUUCGUGAAGUGAGUUCUUCUGAAGGAGCAGCUGAAGCUAAAAGUUGGGGUGUAUCAUUUAUGGAAACUUCAGCAAAAACAAAUCAUAAUGUAAAGCAGUUGUUUCAGGAACUAUUGAACAUGGAGAAAAACAGAGACGUAUCAUUACAACUAGAUGGAAAAAGUAAGAAGAAAAACAAAGCUGCAAAGUCAGCAGCUGACGGUGAUGGUACAGAUGAAAGCAGUACUUCUGGUGCCAAGGACAAAUGCUCUGUUAUGUAAUAACAAUUAUAUCGACAUUGAACAGAUACGUUCAAAUCUAAGUUACAAGAAAUAGAAAUGGUGCAUGAUAUUAGAUACUUAGAUCUUUUUUGUAAUACAGCUUAGAAGAAAACAAUGUUUAGAGUGCAGGAUCAACUAGACCUAUUCCCAGGUAAAGUAACCGAAUAUUGUUUAGUUAUGUAAUUUAUUUAACAAUUACAUGUAAGUUAUAUAAACUAAAAACUUUAUAGUAAUUACUAACUUAAAAAUGGUGGGUUGAAAUUUUUUUAAAUAUAAGAAGCACUGAAUUGAUUAUUAAAAGUGUUAUGAAUGUAUUUUCUAAAUCCUGCAAGUUUUUCAUGUAUUGUUGAAGUA